AUGUGGAGCCGUAGAAAACCAAAAGUUCGGAAAGAAUUGUCUGCAAAAGAAAUUGCGGUACUUGUUGAAGCUGCUCAAGAUUUUCUUGAACAUUAUCCAUCAGGUCGUCUAGAUAAAAAAUCAUUUAUUGAAUAUUAUGGAAAAUUACAUCCAAAUGUAGAAACACAAAUUCCAUUCGAACAAAUAUUUGACAUGAUUGAUAGAGAUAUUGAUGGAACGAUUGAUUUCAAUGAACUUUUAGUGGUGAUAGUUCUAAUGGGUCGUCUAACUGAUCUCGGUUCACAACUUUCUUUCGCAUUUGAUAUGUGGGAUGAAUCAGAGGAUGGAGAAAUCGAUCAAACAGAGUUAGCUAAUGUUAUAUCAGCUAUAUAUGAUCGUGCCGGUAUAACUGAUCGAAAAGGUGAACGAGAUCCGAAGCAACGAGCAAAAGAAAUUAUUAAAAAACUCGAUAUAAGUGGUGAUAGAACAUUAACUAAAGAAGAAUUUAUUACGGGUUGUAAAAAUGAUCCGGUAAUUCGUAAUUUAUUUAUGCCCAAUAAAUAA